AUGGAAGAGGACCGAGAUGAGAACGUGAGAGCCAACAAAGACCAGCACCACGGUGACGUUGUACCCGAUUUACGCUGCCGAAAAAGUCAUGGAUGUGCUGUUUUUCAGGGUUCAUGCGGAACGACAAAGCCCUCUGCAGCAGUUGUGCGAAGACGCCGAAGAAACAAGGAUAACAACGAUGAUCCAUAG